AACACCUUUGGCUCUGAAACAUUAUCUGAAAGUCCAUGAAAAUCAGGCAAGGCUUGCUCAUCGCUUUUCAGCUGACACUGCUUGGAGUGCAUCGCAAAAGAGAGCCCAUCGACAGGUUUUAUAGGCCCUACUUUGACAGUCAGAGGAUCAUCAGAGAAUAUGGUGUCCAGGGAAUUAUGGAGCCUUCUGAUCCUGUGGAGCAUGUUCACUCUGCUUUUGAUCGCCACCUACUGGAACGCUAUGGGAACAGCCACCUUGGCCACACUGUACAGCGCCACAUCUGGCACCCGUGCCGGAGAGCAGCUAGAGGGAGGUCCCCAGAAGACCCAGCCAGCAGACGAAGUGGCUUCCUUCCUGUCAGUCAGCGAUGCCUUUGUCAACCAGUUCCUGGACGACAUAAAGGACCCUACGGAGCAGCUUAGUGAGCAGCACCUGUCUGGGAACGCUCAGCACCAGCCCAACUCAUCUAAGUCAGACAAAGUUCUUCUCAGACGUGAGUGGAAAAUUCACUUGAGCCCUAUUUCACAGAAGCUCAAACAAAGGCAAAAGGAGCGUAAAGAGAGGUUGCGUAGCAUCUGCAGUGCCAACAGCACGUUUACGUUCCCCGGCAAGAAUCGGAAGUUUGACGACAUUCCCGUAAAUGAAUUGGAAAACUUCAUUGUGGACGACCGUCACGAGAUCAUCUACUGCUUUGUGCCAAAGGUGGCCUGCACCAACUGGAAGAGAAUGAUGGCUGUGUUGAGUGAGAGACGGGUUGGUGGUGUGGUUUACCAUGACCCCUUGAAUAUUCCCCACAACACGAUCCACAAAUACAGCCUGCAACUCACCUUUGACAAGUUCAAGAAGCGCUACGGCAGUUUCUCACAGGACAUGAUGAAGACCAAGCUGCAGAAGUACACCAAGUUCCUGUUUGUCAGAGACCCCUUCGUCAGGCUCAUCUCCGCCUUCCGGAACAAGUUUGAGGAGAGAAAUGACGUGUUCUACAAAACGUACGCCAGAGACAUGCUUAAAAAAUACGGAAAGUACCCCAAUCCUCCAGCUUCAUAUCCAGAAUCCUUGGUGUCUGGUAUUAGGCCUAAAUUCUCUCACUUCAUCCAGUACCUCCUGGACCCCAACACAGAGAGGAGGCAUCCUUAUGACAUUCACUGGAGACAGGUACACCGCAUGUGCCACCCGUGCCAGAUAAACUAUGACUUUGUGGGCAAUCUGGAGACACUGGACGAGGAUACUGAGCACCUGCUGCGGAUUCUGCGUGUGGACAAUGUGGUCAAUUUCCCUGUGAGUGGUCGAAACCAAACCAAAAACAGCUGGGAGCAAGAGUAUUUCAACAAAAUUCCUUACGAGUGGCGGAGACAACUCUACAAACUGUACGAAGUUGACUUCAGACUUUUUGGAUAUGACAAACCUGAGGGACUUCUAUGAUAAAGAUAGAAAGAGUGUUGCAUAAAUAAAUUAAUGAAAACUACCUCUACUACAACACUGAGAAGAAGAAUUAUAAUAAUAAUAAUAAUAAUAAUAAUUACAGACUGUCUGACUGUCUGCCAUCUGCAAUAUUAGGCAAAAAAACCUACAAAUCAGAUCUAUAUUGAAACUUCAGAAAAGAUAGGUGUGGUAUUGGUGUGUAUUAUUUUUGAAGUUGAAUAGUGUAUACUACAAUAUAUACCCACUUUUUAUCAUAAUACAAACAUGCAUGGGGGUGGUUCGUCUUUACAAAGUUUGAACAUCUAAAAAGAUUAAUUGAAUCAUUGUAUGGUGACCUGAGAAGAUGAGUGGAUGGUAGCCCCUUAAUGCACGCCGUACCUCCUGUGGCACGCUGUAAUAGACAUUGAAAGUUAACUGCUAUAGUACUACACUACUUUGACAGUGCACAGGGCCUUUAGUAAUACAUUACAACUUGGUCAUUGCCAUUCUGGUAACAGCUAAUUUACAAUGCCGUGUCUUAAGGGCUACGUAAACAACAAACACAGACAGCCCUUGAGAUAAAAGGGGGAUGAUCGCAAAUAUGUGGGACAGGCAUCGGUGUUCAGACUAUUGCAUGUGGCUGGGGAAAAAAAACUGUAUAAAUGGGGCAUCUGUUUUCUGGAUGGAAUUCCUUGUGAUUUUUUACAUCAAGCUCCUUGUUUGAAUUUGAAUAAAAAUCAGCAGUACAUACACCUGA